AUCACUUCCUGCUUUAAAAUGUCAACAAUUUAUAAGUCAAUGAAUUUAGAUUAAUUUUGAUUACAGUCGGACGCUUAUCAAAAUGGCCUGUUGUCCAAAAGGCGACACUUUUGUCAGCCCUUGCCUUAAAUAUGCAAUUUUCUUCUUUAAUUUUGUUCUGUGGUUGUGUGGGGUUUUGAUGAUUGCAAUUGGAGUUUGGGCAUUUAUCGAAAAAAACAAAUACUAUUACCAGCAGAUUGAGACAAUAUAUGACAUAUUCUUGGACCUUUCAAUUCUUCUUAUAAUUGUUGGAGGAUUCAUUUUUAUCGUGAGUUUCGCUGGAUGUGUUGGUGCCUUAAGAGAAAACCUCUGCUUCUUACGAGUGUUCUAUGGCUCCAUUAUUCUAGUGGUAAUUGCGGAGGUAACAGUUGCUGUGUUAGCCUUUGUAUACAAAGACAGUGUUCACAAAGUGUUGACAGGCAUCCUGGAGGAGGGGAUGAUUCAGCGUUACCAAGACGAUGAGGAUGCACUUAUGGACUGGGCUCAGGAAAAUAUUAAGUGUUGCGGCAUAAAGAACUACAAAGACUGGAACAUGAAUAUGUAUUUCAACUGUACAAAGGAAAAUCCAAGCGGACUUCGGUGUGGUGUUCCUUACUCCUGUUGUAGAGAUCCUGAUGCUAUGAGUCCUGGAAUAAUCAACAUACUCUGUGGAGCCAAUGCCUUAAAUGACUCAGCUACAACAUUUUCAACAACCAGUAAAAUCUACACAAUGGGGUGUGUCGAUACCUUUGUAAACCUGGCAGAGUCGAACCUGCCGAUAAUCGGGGCAAUCGUUCUCGGGCUCGGGGUCCCACAGCUGCUUGGAAUCUGUCUUGGUCGGCUGCUUGAUGGGCAAAUCCAAGAUCAGAUGGUGCGAUAUCGUCGGGCAAACCACUAGCAGAAUUUUGUUUCAUUUCAAAAAUAUCACCACUAGCAGGAACAUUAGUGACAGUCAUCUUUUUUCAGGGGUCUUACUUGGCUGCAAGGGAAAUUUGUUAUAAGUUUAAACCUUGUCUGCUUGGUUAUUAAUUAAUUCAAUACUUGAAAUUCUGCAAAAUUCUGUUCUUUGUUUCAGUUUUUACACUCUGGGUUUGGUUUAGGGUCAUAUGGCAGAAGAAGUUUGAUUAUUGAUGUAAGGUUACUCUUGGUUAGGUAUCUUUUCAAUGUGACAUCAGUACUUUAUCUAUGUUGUAUUCAGAAAUAUCCUGUAUGUAUAUUUGCAAAUACUUAAUUUUAGUCUUAAGAAAGUAUUGCUUGUAUGUUUUAUUAGUUUCUCAUUUUUUAAAAAACAACAGUGUUUUGCUUAACUAAUGACAUUAUAGUACGAGGAUUGUUAAAAAAGAUAAUUGUAAAAUUUUGUAAGACAUACCCACAGUAUUAUUUUUUAAUUGACAUGUUGGUCAGUAAAAUUAACUGAACAAUAUCUUUCCUUGCUAACUACUAUACUUCAAGCAUAAUUGCAGCUAAAAUGUAAGACUGCUUUUAUGUAGAAAUUUGGCCAUUAUCUUUAGUGUUUGAUCAAGAAGUGUAAUUCUGUUAAAAACCAACAACUUGGAAUUAUAUACUAGUAUACCCUAAUCAUUUUGUUCAAUGUGAAAAUGAAUUGUUUUUAAUAAUACCAAUAUUUGUGUAGUUAUAUGUGCAGAAAUAUCAUUUAAUUGAUAAUAUGUUUUUUAUUGAGAUUUAAGAAGUUAAUCAUUUUACAUUUAUGAUGGUCAAUUUUGUGUCAUUUGCUUUGUGCCAAUCAAGGUAGAUAGUCCAUACAUGUAUAGUGAAUAUUAUAUGAUAUUCAAAUAUUUAGGUAUUAAAGCUGCACCCUCAAAGAUUGAAUGUUUUUCAUUUUUUGUCUUGGAAGGAGCCUUUUUUUGCGAAAAUCCAUGGAAACUGGCUAAAUAGACUGCUGACAAAAAACUAGAUAGUUAUUAACGGUUUAAGCCAUAAAACAUUAAUUUUCGAACGGAAAUAUAAAAAUCUGCGAUAUGAUCUUUUGUCAGCAAUCUUUUAUCAUUUGUUUUCAGAUAUUUACGCAAAAACUGGCUCUUUCCAAGACAAAAAAGUUUUGAAAAUUGUAAAUCUGUGAGAGUGCAGCUAUAAUAGUGUAUAUGUUUUAUACCUGAGCAAGCUGACAGCAAUGUGAACAGGAGAUACAAUGUUAUAAGAUCUUUACUCCUCAACUCCAGUAUUGUUGGAAAUAUUGCUGACCCAUCAUUUUACUGUUUUAUAAAUUCCUGUUUUUAUUUAUGUGUUUAUUCCAUUUAUUUACUUCGUGAUCAUAUUUUAAUUGGCUCACACCCUUGACUUAGUAGAUUUUUAAGUUUCAUUGAAGACAAAACAAAAGCUUUCCUAAAAAUUGCUUUCUGGAAAAUGUUUCUUGAAUUUUGGAAUGUGUUUUGUAUAUUCCUAUGUUAAAAAAAACUUGCAUUGGUUUUUGGAUAAUGUUUUGUUACGUUAGCAUUCUGGAGAAAGCUACAAGCAUAUUGAAAAUAGCAUUUGCAUUUAGAGAACAUACAUGCCAUAUCCCCCGGCGGGGGGGGGGGGGGAAUCCUCCGGCAUUUGGAUCCACCCCCGGUCUCCCGGGGGAGAUAAAAAUUCCCCAGAAUUUAUUAAUUUAUUUUUAUUUUUUUUAAAUUUACAUCAGGCAAUAAUGACAAAGUGAAACCACAGUUUGUGAGUGAAACUCUCCAAAAGGAAACUUUUACAACAAGUGAUCAAUUGUAUUGUAGUAAUUAUCAAAGGCAAAGAAAUAUUACUAUUUUGGAAGGAAGAAAUUAAUAAUAUUUAUUCUAUUCUCUUAUUGUCUGAAAGUCAUCAAAGCUGAUAGAAUUAAGCACAUUUUUUUUUAAAGACUUUGAAAGAAGGUAAAUUUAAUUUAAUUGUGUCGAAAACAUACUUUACCAAUGACAUAUUUUGUUCUGCAAGUGCAUUACAGUAUGACAUGACAGUGUAUUAAAAAUAUGAUAAAUCAUGACAUAAAAUAAUUCUGUAUAAUGAAAAAGUGAAGAGGUUUUCAAAGCAAACUAUAUGUGAAUACAUUUUUUCAUACUUGCGUCUAAAAAUACUUUAAAAUUUCGCCAACUUAAACCUUCUAAAAAAAUCCCCCUGAAUACAACCAAAAUGCCCCUGAAUUUUCAGCCUUUUGAACAAAUCCCCCUUAAUGGUCUCCAGAAAAUAUGGCAUGUAUGAGAGAAAUUAUUCUUGGAUUGUGGAAAAUAAUCCUUUCAUUAAAGAAAUCUUCUGCAUUCUUCAUGAUUUCCUAUAACUAUUAUAUUUGGACUGUCACUUCUAUGUGUUUAUAAUAUUCAUUGUUGAUUUUUGUAGUAACAUUCCUUGCUAUUCAAUUAAACGAAUCUCAUAUAACCUGAACAAGGUACAUUUAUAAUGUAUAUGGAGCUUUCCUCUAAGUGUUCAAGUCCAAGUUUUUAACGUAUUUCUGUCUAUUACAUGUAUCUUCUUUAUAGCAUCAUCAUGAAUACAAAAAAUAGGUUUAGCCAAACAAUAACAGAGUAAAUUAUUACCUGUUCACAGAACUGUACCAAGCAGGAGGAGGUCUUAUAAUUGAUUGUUGGAAUUGUCAGUUUUUUGGCAUUAUUCAAUCAUGAGUUUUACAUAAAACGAAAUGAAACAACUUGAAAUCUGUAAGUCAGACACUUCAACUAUUUACUGUUUAGAUGCACAAACUACAAUCCCUUACAGGCACUCAAUAGAGACACACCAUGUCACAGUACAACAAUGAUAUAUCACAUAACUUGUCACAAUAGAGACACACCAUGUCACAGUACAACAAUGAUAUAUCACAUAACGUGUCACAAUAGAGACACACCAUGUCACAGUACAACAAUGAUAUAUCACAUAACGUGUCACAAUAGAGACACACCUUGUCACAGUACAACAAUGAUAUAUCACAUAACGUGUCUCAAUAGAGACACACCUUGUCACAGUACAACAAUGAUAUAUCACAUAACGUGUCUCAAUAGAGACAACCGUGUCACAGUACAACAAUGAUAUAUCACAUAACGUGUCUCAAUAGAGACAAACCCUGUCACAGUACAACAAUGAUAAUCACAUAACGUGUCACAAUAGAGACACACCAUGUCACAGUACAACAAUGAUAUAUCACAUAACGUGUCACAAUAGAGACACACCAUGUCACAGUACAACAAUGAUAUAUCACAUAACGUGUCACAAUAGAGACACACCAUGUCACAGUACAACAAUGAUAUAUCACAUAACGUGUCACAAUAGAGACACACCUUGUCACAGUACAACAAUGAUAUAUCACAUAACGUGUCACAAUAGAGACACACCAUGUCACAGUACAACAAUGAUAUAUCACAUAACGUGUCACAAUAGAGACACACCAUGUCACAGUACAACAAUGAUAUAUCACAUAACGUGUCACAAUAGAGACACACCAUGUCACAGUACAACAAUGAUAUAUCACAUAACGUGUCACAAUAGAGACACACCUUGUCACAGUACAACAAUGAUAUAUCACAUAACGUGUCACAAUAGAGACACACCAUGUCACAGUACAACAAUGAUAUAUCACAUAACGUGUCUCAAUAGAGACACACCUUGUCACAGUACAACAAUGAUAUAUCACAUAACAUGUCUCAAUAGAGACACACCAUGUCACAGUACAACAAUGAUAUAUCACAUAACAUGUCACAAUAGGGACACACCAUGUCACAGUACAACAAUGAUAUAUCACAUAACAUGUCACAAUAGAGACACACCAUGUCACAGUACAACAAUGAUAUAUCACAUAACAUGUCUCAAUAGAGACAAACCCUGUCACAGUACAACAAUGAUAUAUCACAUAACUUGUCACACUAGAGACAGCAUUGUUUUAUGUUGUCAUAUGGUCUGCAUUUAAGAUCACCCUCUGCAUGUCACAGUUCAGAUGGGCACUUCUGAAAACAUUAAAUGUCUACAAAACUAUAUUAUGAUAUUUUUGCUUUCUUGCCAUACAAAUGCGGUGAAAACAGUUAAUUUCAUGAUGCUUUUCAGUUAUACUGAACAGAUAUAAAUUGAUAUAACAACGUGUACAUAUUUUCAUUAACAUUGCUAUGUAGGUGUAGGUAGUUUUUUUCAUAUUUAAAUUGUUUGAUGUUGAUUUACAAAUGUGGUGUAGGUUCAUUUUUGAUAAAGUGCUCUUUUAUGCAUUAUGCUUCUCUGUUAUACUCAUUCAACUGUUUAAUUGUAAUACUCAGUGAUUGUGUCCUCUUUCUGGACAUUUUCCACCUGAUUGUGGAGAAUUGGAUCACUAAACUCAUUAUACUAGGAAUUAGAUUCCAAGAGUAGCUUGUGAAGGAUGGAAAAUCUUUAUGAUUUUAAAUUGUUUCCCAAGGGGAAUAGGAACAGAAGGAUGCCUAGAAACAGGCCUCUCAUCAUUUCUCUUUUCUUGAAAGCGUUCAAUGCUUCUUUAAAGAAUGCUUUUGUCCUCUUUAAAGAGUUCAGUACUUGUUUUAAGAAUGAUGAACAGUCAUUGUGCUCUUUCAUGUAGUCACCAUCAACUUUCUUUAUAAGUAAUUCCAAUAUGGUCCAAUUAUAAAUAAGUUGGAUAAUAUGAAUUAUAUAUGCUUUUAAUUCCUUGAAGGGAUUACACCAGAUCAAUUGGUGCUAUUUGAAUUAGAUGGAUGGCAAAACAUUGCAUAUAAACAAAUACCGCAUACACUGGAGUACAGAUGUGUUGUUACCAACUACUGCUUACAUAGCAAACAUUUCACAAUGUCUUCAAUCUAGGUUUUAGAUUUUGUCUUUAGAACUGUGAAUAUUUAGAUGUCACAAAACAUUAUGUGAGAAGAAUAUUAAAACAAUAGGAAGACCUGUUAUUUGAAACGUGGACAGCAAUUUUUUGAAACAUUUUUCUCAAAAUGAUUAACAGAAUGUUCAAACUAAGACUGAUGACAUAUGUGAAUAUGGCCCCUGUAUCAUACAAAUGAUGAUCAAUUGGGUACAAUAUUUAAAAUGUUGUGUAAAUGGAAAAAUAUUUACUUCUGGUUGUUAAAAAUUCUGAUCAAUUUAAUAUCUGUCAAUUAAUUGUUAUAUAUGUGUUUUAUCAUGAAAAUUGUUGUGUGUUUCAUGAUUAAUAAGGCAUGAAACACUGGAGUGCAACUCAAUAUUCUUGAUAACUAAUUUAACAUUACAUUUUAUGCUCCAGAGAAGUUCUGUUCUGUAGAAUGUUAAUCAAAGCUUUUUUAUCAACAUACUCUAUGGAAGAAGAGUCAAAUCAACAUACUCUAUGAAAGAAGAGUCAAAUCAACAUACUGUAUGGAAGGAGAGUCAAAUCAUGUAAAACAUUGUAUCAUGCUAUGAAGUUAUAUUGUAAAAUGAGUCUUGAUAGAGAUUGAGAAAUGGCUGUAGUAAUUUUGUUUAUUUUGGCGGUAUCCACAACUUUGUUAUUUACAAUUGUUAAAAUAUCACAACAUUUUCUUUAUUAGAAUUAAUAUUAUAUCAAUCAUUUUAAGGUAAACACUUUAUUAUAAUAUUGCAAGAUAAGAAUCUGAAAAGUUUGCCUCAAAAACUGUUUUGAAGUAAUAAUGUUCAUGAUUUUCAAAGUUCAUGUAUACUAUUAUAUUAUAUAUCUGUAAAUAAAGCAUUCAUGAUUGGACUGAGAGCAAUUUCCUUGGAUGGAAUAAAUGCUAUAUCUACCUAUAUAAAAAUAGAAAUUGGGAUUCUGGUGGCUCAAAAAAAUCAAUAAGUAUAUAUUUUAUUUUUAUUAUUAUAUUAUUGUUAUUUUUAUUAUAUUUUUUGUUAUCAUUAUUAGUGGGUAGUUGUUGAAAGUCUUCAUUAGUAAUUUUCGAAACCUUAAUUGACAUGACAUGAGGGCCUGCUUAUAAAGCAGUAUGAAGUAUAAUUAAUACCUGUUAUUAAAAUAUUUCAUGAACUAAACUUUGUUUAUGGAAUUAUAUUUUAUGAAAAAUGUUAAAAGUUCCUAUGAGUCAAUAUGUUAUACUGACAUUUUUGAAAUAGCAUUUAUGUAGAUAAAAUGUAUAUGAUAUCUUCUGGUUUAAAUGUUUAUAUAACUGUAAUUUACAUUAAAAAAUAUUGAAAAUAUAUUUCCGAAUAAAAUGUUAAAACAGUA